AUGAAGUUCAGUGUUCCGGUAGAAGUCCAGCAGAUCUCAGCCCCUGUGGUUGGAGAGAAUGGAUUUCAAGCACUAAACACGCGCAGCGAAGUCUUGCCAGCAGGGUGGGCCGCUCCAGGCUCGAAGAAGAAACUGACUUGUGAUAUUCUGGUGGAGCAUGAUGUUCCAAUCGUUGUUCGGGACGGUGCAACACUGUAUACAGAUGUUUUUCGGCCAGUAAAUUCCUCUGAAAAAGUACCUGCUCUGAUAUGCUGGUCGCCGUUUGGCAAAAAGUUCAGUGGCAAAGAUUCAUUGAACUUGAUGGUACCUUGGAAUCUAGGAUUACCUCAGGAUGCAUUGAGCGGGCUCGAAAAGUUCGAAGCCCCUGAUCCUGCAGAUUGGGUUGCCAAUGGAUAUGCCAUCAUUAAUCCUGAUGCCAGAGGAACAGGUAACUCCGGAGGGAUGAUGGCUGUCCAUGGCACACAAGAAGCUGAAGAUGGCUACGACGUCAUUGAAGACAUCGCAAAGAGAGAUUGGUGCAAUGGAAGUGUCGGCCUGGCUGGAAAUUCCCAUCUGGCAAUUAUCCAGUGGUUUAUCGCGGCGCUGAAUCCUCCAUCGCUCAAGGCAAUCGCCCCAUGGGAGGGCUGCGGUGAUCUCUACCGCGAACAAUUUGCCCGGGGCGGCAUCUAUUCUGGAGAUCUCUUCGAUAAUCUCAUUGUCAAGUAUAUGCUCAAGGGUAAUCACGGCCUCGAGAGUAUUCGGGAGAUGUACAAGAAAUAUCCUUUGGCGAACGAUUACUGGAACGAUAAGCGACCCGAUAUGAAGAAAAUCAAGAUUCCAACCUAUAUCACUGGCACAUGGACGAAUUCAAUGCACGGGAUGGGUGCAAUCCGUGGCUGGCUCGAGGUCGAAUCCAAGGAGAAGUGGCUAAGAUGGCACGGUACCCAGGAGUGGUAUGAUCUCUGGGGAAAUAAAGACGGCCAAGUCGAGCUUGCGAGUUUCUUCGAUCGAUAUCUCAAAGGGCUGGACAAUGGUUGGGAGUCAACUCCACGUGUGCGAAUGGCUGUGCUUCGGUUCGGAGAGAAAGAUCCCAUUUCCAACAUAGUCGAGGACGACUUCCCCAUGUCUCGCACGCGAUAUGAACGCCUAUUUCUACAGUCUGAGGGCAAACUGAGCUUGGAAGGACCAGCGGCGAAAGCCGACAGUGUAUCUUACGAUUCGGAGCACGCCAGUGACAAGAUCCAAUUUGUGCACAAGUUUGAUAAGACGACACAUAUCGUAGGCAUGACAAAGGCAGUCCUGCACAUGUCUUGUGCUGACGCCGAUGACUUGGAUGUCUACGUGCUCAUCCGCAAACUAUCAGCAUCCGGAGAGGAGCUGUUCAACCUAAAUAUUCCCUGGUCAGGCGUACCUGUAUCGAAGAUUGCCGAGAUCUCCGACAAGAUCCGUUCGGAAGUCAUCAUGUAUGCUGGUCCGACCGGCAUUCUGCGUGCUUCACGACGCAAGAUUGAUCCCGCGCGGUCGAUACACGAGAAUUGGCCUUAUCAUCCACACGACGAAGAACAGAAGGUCGAGCCAAACACGAUUGUGAGGCUGGAUAUCGGUAUCUGGGCGACGGGUAUUGAGUUCGAGGCGGGUGAGAGCAUUGCGCUGCAAGUGAGUGGACAUCAUAUGGGUAUGACUGGCCCCUUUACAACGAACGACCAUUCCAGGAAUAAGGGGCGGCAUUUUGUGCAUUUCGGUGGUGAAUAUGAUAGUCAUUUGGUCGUGCCGGUUGUUUAG